CAUGGAAUCCGAAAAUUCAUCAAAUCAGGAACGAACGUCUGCAGACGUCCCUCGGGAGGAUGUCCAACAGCAACAAACAAAUACUGAAGAGGAAAACGGCAAUGUCGUUUCGGCGGCGGCUGAAGAGACGAAGCAGAUGGUCUUACUACAGCCAGUGAAUAGUACAUCUUAUCCUUCGCCGAUCGUCUCACAUCCACAACAUUCCCUACCCCUACAAGGUCCGGAGGAGGUGGACAGCUUUUUCCACGAUCUUAACCAGACUGGUCUCCCUUCGACUACCCACCUAGCUACCUUAACUACAAUAAACGAACAGGGAACAAACGCUUUGACCUAUCCACAGGCAAACUAUACUACGGAGCAGGGCUUGUUUCAGGCAACCCUUUACCCUUCGUAUCCCGCACCCGGUAGACCAGCCCAAUAUCCGCCAGCACACCAUCCAUGGAUAUCUUCGACACCGACGGGCUACCCUUCCUACAGACCCUCUGGAUACGAGCAGUCCGGCAUGUAUCUGCCAACGACCGGUAGGCCUACAUCGGGUGAGUGA